AUGGUUAAGAACACGGUUUCUAGAAUUCAGUUCCCGAGGCUAAGGAAGGCGGCCUUCGCCCGCCUGCUGGAGCGCCUCCUCACGCCAGCUCUCGAGUUAGAGGAGGCUCAGGAGGAGGAAGAGGGAGGGGAGAAGUCCCCCGACAUGCCUCAGUCCUUUCUAGCCGCGCCGCGCCGCGCUCAGCGGCCGCAUGGGGGCGCGGCACGGCGUGGGGCGCGAGCAGGGCAGAACUGGCGCGCGUUCGUAGAGGACGCGCACUGCGCUUGGCUCUUGUUGCCGGGGCUGCUUCCGCGCUGGGGCUCCUUCGCUGUUCUCGACCGCCACGGCGGGGCGCUAGCAGCCCGCUUCGGCGCGCGCCAGGUGCUCGAGGCGCUGGGCCCUGGGCCCGGCGAGCCGGAGGGCUUGCUCCGGACGCUGCGCCGCGCCUGCCGGAGCGCUUGCUCGCGCUCUGGCCACGAGGCGAGCUGGGGCGGCUCCACGGCAGUGGUGUUGCUAGUCUCCUCGCCCUUCCUGCACCUGGCACACUGCGGCGACUCCCGCGCUGUGCUGAGCCGCGCUGGCGCCAUAGCCUUCAGCACCGAGGACCACAGGUCCCUGGGGCCCAGGGAGCCACAGCGCAUCCAGGACGCGGAUGGAAGCCUCCGCCGCUGGCGCAUCGAGUGCUCCAUGGCGGCGUUGCGGGCGCUGGGCGACUUUGCCUUCAAGGGGGCUUGAGGAAAGCCCCCGAGCUGCAAAAUCUUGUCUGCGGAACACGAGGUGGCCGCUCUGGUCCACCACCAGGACGAGUUCUUGUUUCUGGCCUCCAACCGCAUGUAGGACGCAAUAUUUGGCGCCUCCCGGGUGAGACUGGUGACUUCGCGCCUUCGCUUGCGCCUGGCCCCGCUUCUUUAGGGGCAGCUGUUGGACACGUGUCUGGGCAAGAGCAGCCUGGACAACAUGUCCUGCAUCCUGGUCUGCUUCCCAGGGACCCCCAAGCCUUGUGAAGAGGCGAUCAGGAGGGAGCGAGCGCUGGACUCCACCGUGGGCAGCAGGGUCACCUCUCUGUUUCUCUGCCUAGGAGCCCCCCGCCUGAAUGGGGACUUCAGGACUCUGGCCUUGGAGGACAUCCCGGGUGCACUGCCUGGGGGUGGGCUGGACUGCAAGCGACAGGAUGAGGGAGAAACUGAGUCAUUCCGGGGCGUGCGUGGGGAGGGGGCCACACAGGAGCCCCGCGUCCCGUCACUACCCCGGGCCAGCGCCGCUCCCCCCACCCGCGCCUGUCUCCCCAGCCCCCACCCCCAUCCUCACCCCACACCCGGACCCUGCAGCUGUGAGUCAGCGGCCGACCGCGCCCCCUCGGCCCACUUCCUCCUCACCUUCCCGAGGCGCGCGGGCGGGGCGGCCGGGGGCGGAAGCCGGACUCUAUGGGGCGGGACCCUGGGGGAGACUGAGCAGAACCUGGAGCCAGCCUCGAACCCCUGA